UCCUCCAGCCCCUGUCGGCCUCGGCUCGGCCCCCGGCCCGCCCCUUCCAGCCCUCGGCGCCUCCCGCCGGCCGCUUGGCUCCGCCACUCGGCACUCACUGCCGGGGUCGCCUGGACAGGGAGCUUCGCUGGCGCGCUUGGCCGGCGACAGGGCAGGUUCGGGACGUCCAUCUGUCCAUCCGUCCGGAGAGAAAUUACAGAUCCGCAGCCCCGGGAUGGGGCCGGCCCCGCUGCCGCUGCUGCUGGGCUUCUUCCUCCCCGCGCUCUGGAGUAGAGGCAUGCUGACAGCCUCUUCAAGUUCUGCCUCCAGCCACAGCAGUGUCCUUGCCUGGACCACCUCUCUUCCCUGCUCACCCUUCAGGACCUCUGCACGUCACACCCGUUUAUUCUGUAAAUGUUUGCUGCAUGUGACCAUGCCAAUCAUCAUGGUGGGUUCAGACGAUGCCACCUCCAGCCUUCAAGGAAGUUACAGACAACUAUCACUGAAGCAAGGGAAGAAGCCAAGCCUUACCCGCUAUUCCCGGGACCUUUUCCAGGGAACCUGCAAACUGACCACACACCGCUGUUAUCCCUUCCUCACGCCAGUGGGUACCAGCCUGCCUUGAUGUUUUCACCAACCCAGCCUGGAAGACCACAUACAGGAAAUGUAGCCAUUUCCCAGGUGACCUCUGUCGAGUCAAAGCCCCUACCACCUCUUGCCUUCAAACACACAGUUGGACACAUAAUACUUUCUGAACAUAAAGGUGUCAAAUUUAAUUGCUCCAUCAGUGUACCUAAUAUAUACCAGGACACCACAAUUUCUUGGUGGAAAGAUGGGAAGGAAUUGCUUGGGGCACAUCAUGCAAUUACACAGUUUUAUCCAGAUGAUGAAGUUACAGCAAUAAUCGCUUCCUUCAGCAUAACCAGUGUGCAGCGUUCAGACAAUGGGUCGUAUAUCUGUAAGAUGAAAAUAAACAAUGAAGAGAUCGUGUCUGAUCCCAUCUACAUCGAAGUACAAGGACUUCCUCACUUUACUAAGCAGCCUGAGAGCAUGAAUGUCACCAGAAACACAGCCUUCAACCUCACCUGUCAGGCUGUGGGCCCGCCUGAGCCCGUCAACAUUUUCUGGGUUCAAAACAGUAGCCGUGUUAACGAACAGCCUGAAAAAUCCCCCUCCGUGCUAACUGUUCCAGGCCUGACGGAAAUGGCGGUCUUCAGUUGUGAGGCCCACAAUGACAAAGGGCUGACCGUGUCCAAGGGAGUGCAAAUCAACAUCAAAGCAAUUCCCUCCCCACCAACUGAAGUCAGCAUCCGUAACAGCACUGCACACAGCAUUCUGAUCUCCUGGGUUCCUGGUUUUGAUGGAUACUCCCCAUUCAGGAAUUGCAGCAUUCAGGUCAAGGAAGCUGAUCCGCUGAGUAAUGGCUCAGUCAUGAUUUUUAACACCUCUGCCUCACCACAUCUGUACCAAAUCAAGCAGCUGCAAGCCCUGGCUAAUUACAGCAUUGGUGUUUCCUGCAUGAAUGAAAUAGGCUGGUCUGCAGUGAGCCCUUGGAUUCUAGCCAGCACGACUGAAGGAGCCCCAUCAGUAGCACCUUUAAACGUCACUGUGUUUCUGAAUGAAUCUAGUGAUAAUGUGGACAUCAGAUGGAUGAAGCCUUCGACUAAGCAGCAGGAUGGAGAACUGGUGGGCUACCGGAUAUCCCACGUGUGGCAGAGUGCAGGGAUUUCCAAAGAGCUCUUGGAGGAAGUCGGCCAGAAUGGCAGCCAAGCUCAGAUCUCUGUUCAAGUCCACAAUGCUACGUGCACAGUGAGGAUUGCAGCCGUCACCAAAGGGGGAGUUGGGCCCUUCAGUGAUCCAGUGAAAAUAUUUAUCCCUGCACACGGUUGGGUAGAUUAUGCCCCCUCUUCAACUCCGGCACCUGGCAACACAGAUCCUGUGCUCAUCAUCUUUGGCUGCUUUUGUGGAUUUAUUUUGAUUGGGUUGGUUUUAUACAUCUCCUUGGCCAUCAGAAAAAGAGUCCAGGAGACAAAGUUUGGGAAUGCAUUCACAGAGGAGGAUUCUGAAUUAGUGGUGAAUUAUAUAGCAAAGAAGUCCUUCUGUCGGCGAGCCAUUGAACUUACCUUACGUAGCUUGGGAGUCAGUGAGGAACUACAAAAUAAACUAGAAGAUGUUGUGAUUGACAGGAAUCUUCUAAUUCUUGGAAAAAUUCUGGGCGAAGGAGAGUUUGGGUCUGUAAUGGAAGGAAAUCUUAAGCAGGAAGAUGGGACCUCUCAGAAAGUGGCAGUGAAGACCAUGAAGUUGGACAACUUUUCGCAGCGGGAGAUCGAGGAGUUUCUCAGUGAGGCAGCGUGCAUGAAAGACUUCAGCCACCCAAAUGUCAUUCGACUUCUAGGUGUAUGUAUAGAAAUGAGCUCUCAAGGCAUCCCAAAGCCCAUGGUAAUUUUACCCUUCAUGAAAUACGGGGACCUGCAUACUUACUUACUUUAUUCCCGAUUGGAGACAGGACCAAAGCAUAUUCCUCUGCAGACGCUAUUGAAAUUCAUGGUGGAUAUUGCCCUGGGAAUGGAGUAUCUGAGCAACAGGAAUUUUCUUCAUCGAGAUUUAGCUGCUCGAAACUGCAUGUUGCGAGAUGAUAUGACUGUCUGUGUUGCGGACUUCGGCCUCUCUAAGAAGAUUUACAGUGGCGAUUAUUACCGCCAAGGCCGCAUUGCUAAGAUGCCUGUUAAAUGGAUCGCCAUAGAAAGUCUUGCAGACCGAGUCUACACAAGUAAAAGUGACGUGUGGGCAUUUGGCGUGACCAUGUGGGAAAUAGCUACGCGGGGAAUGACUCCCUAUCCUGGGGUCCAGAACCAUGAGAUGUAUGACUAUCUUCUCCAUGGCCACAGGCUGAAGCAGCCCGAGGACUGCCUGGAUGAACUGUAUGAAAUAAUGUACUCUUGCUGGAGAACCGAUCCCUUAGACCGCCCCACCUUUUCAGUAUUGAGGCUGCAGCUAGAAAAACUCUUAGAAAGUUUGCCCGAUGUUCGGAACCAAGCAGACGUUAUUUACGUCAACACACAGUUGCUGGAGAGCUCUGAGGGCCUGGCCCAGGGCUCCACGCUUGCUCCACUGGACUUGAACAUCGACCCUGACUCUAUAAUUGCCUCCUGCACUCCCCGCGCUGCCAUCAGCGUGGUCACAGCAGAAAUUCAUGACAGCAAACCUCAUGAAGGACGUUACAUCCUGAAUGGGGGCAGUGAGGAAUGGGAAGAUCUGACUUCUGCCCCCUCUGCUGCAGUCAAAGCUGAAAAGAACAGUGUUUUACCCGGGGAGAGACUUGUUAGGAAUGGGGUCUCCUGGUCCCAUUCGAGCACGCUGCCCUUGGGAAGCUCAUUGCCUGAUGAACUUUUAUUUGCUGACGACUCCUCAGAAGGCUCAGAAGUCCUGAUGUGAGGAGAGGUGCGGGGAGACAUUCCAAAAAUAAGCCAAUUCUUCUGCUAUAGGAGAAUCCAGUUGUACCUGAUGUUUUUGGUAUUUGUCUUCCUUACCAAGUGAACUCCAUGGCCCCAAAGCACCAGAUGAAUGUUGUUAAGUAAGCUGUCAUUAAAAAUACAUAAUAUAUAUUUAUUUAAAGAGAAAAAAAUAUGUGUAUAUCAUGGGAAAAGACAAGGAUAUUUUAAUAAAACAUUACUUAUUUCAUUUCACUUAUCUUGCAUAUCUUAAAAUUAAGCUUCAGCUGCUCCUUGAUAUUAACAUUUGUACAGAGUUGAAGUUGUUUUUUCAAGUUCUUUUCUUUUUCAAGACUAUUAAAUGUAAAAAUAUUUGUAAAAUGAAAUGCCAUAUUUGACUUGGCUUCUCGUCUUGAUGUAUUUGAUAAGAAUGAUUCAUUCCAUGUUUAAAGUUUUAUAACUGAUUAAUUUUCUGAUAUGGCUUCCUAAUAAAAUAUGAAUAAGGAA